AUGCGCAUGGGCACAAGCGCAGAAAGCCAUGUGGGGUUCGUCUACCAAAAGAUUCCAAAACAAAGGCAAAAACCAACAGAGGCACAGCAGCGACACCAGCAGCAGCGAGAAUUCCCGCGCACUAAGCAGAAGCUCGUGGCGCCUGUUAUUGCUGACUCGGCUAAUGCGGCAGCAGAGUGCAGUGGUGAAGACAACAAGCAGAUACAGAGGAAGCAGUUGCAGUUGCAGCUGGUCUUGCUUCAGAGACAACUGCAGGAACUUCAGCAGCACCAGCAGCAGCGGCGACAUCCCAGUAAGCUGCAGAAGCAGAGGCAACAGUUGUUGAGAGCACUAGAGGUUACAAAGGAGGAGACUCUACAAGUGCUGCAGCUGAUGCUGCACCACCAGCAGCAAGGAUUGCUGCUGCAGCAGCAGCUGCAGCUAGUCGCGCUGGUGCAGCAAGAGCAAGGAGAGCGUGGUGUAUCGCAAGCAAAGCUUAUUGAGGGAGCAGCACGGCUAUUAGAGCAACAGCAUCUUCAGGAACAUCAGGAGCUCGUGCAAAAGCUCUCUAUGCAAUAUUGGGAAGAGAGUUGGAGGCAACAAACGCUGCUGAAGGAAGCAACAGCAGCAGUUGCUGUGCAGAGGCUUCCCGCAGCCCCAGUAGGACGGAGCUCUGCACUCGGUAGCAAGGUGCAACAGGUGAGGCAGGAGCUGCGCGAGAAACAAAAGCAGCUGCAGAACCUGGAAGUCAUGCAGCUCCAGGACGAGCAAGGGCAGAGAAAGCUGGAGCAGCAUCAGCGACACGAUGCUGAAGGGAUGUGGCUAAACAAGUGGAUGUGCUACUGCUGUAGGAUCGCCGCUGCUGGGCGGCUGCAGCAAAUGGCGCAGAUCUUCGCUGCAGCAGUCUCCAUGCUGCCGCAUCCCGUGUCUUCGCAAAAGGAGGCAAUCGCAGCACGACAGCAGCAAAAAAUGCCGUGCUGUUGCUCUGGGUGUUGUUAUCCCGUGUACCGUGGUAACAAUGAGCAACCAGCAGCGGCUGCUGCCCGCGUGGAGCUGAUGAGCGCCGCUCACCCUCAGCAGCAGCUGCUACUGCUUCGCCGCAUAUUUUCUGCUUUUCAAGUAGACCAGCUGCUAGAACGAGGAUCGCUGAUGCAAGAGCAGCAGCAACAGGCAAUUACAGCAGCCCGUGCAGAAGCACUCCUGGUACACUUUAGAGACGUCAGUGUCCAGGGUUCCGACAUCGACGCACGCACUACACCGGCAGGAACUGCAGCAGGAAAGGAAAAUGCCGCCAUAAAUAUGCCGUACCAGUGCCCUUGUAGGCAGCAAAACCGGUGUAUCGGACUCAGCAGCGGCGCCACCAACAACAGCAGUAACUGUACAGUAUGCAUUUGUGGGGCGGCGGCUGCUUUGGCUGACCUUUUACCCUCGAUUCCCUGUUCCAGGGGUUACGGGGUGGAGCUGCAGUUUUGCUGCCAAGGGCAGCAACAGCUGCAAAAGAGAUUAUGUCGCCCCAUCAGGCGUCAUGGGCCAUCUGCAGAUUCAACGACAGCUGCUUCGACAACAGCACCAGUAACGAAGAUGCCUUCUGGGCGCCUUCCCACGAAGUACGACAGCGACGCAAGAAGUAGGGGAGGAGCAGGCUGUGAUACAAGCAGCAGUGUUGUGGUCAUUUUGCCUUGUCUGUCUCCUCUGUGCUCCGCUUGCUGUUACGGCGAUUCGCUGCUUCUCCAGCUACUGCGGUGCAGCUUCCCACUGGCGGUGCAGCAGCAACUGUUGCAGCAGGAGGUGGUCAUGCAACAGCGAAUGCCACUAAUAACCGUAAUCGAUAAACAAGAGCAACAGCAGCUGGAGCAAAAAUGCAUGCAAGACUGGAAAGAAGCAAAAAUGGCUAACCUGGACCUAUCCGCUGUGCCGGUAGCAGGGGCCCAAGCCAACAUCAGAAGAGGCAUGGUGGAGUGCCCUUUGGAGGAUACAUUUGAUGCACUGCAGCUGCUGCAGCAGCAACUGCAGCAGGACCACUCUCAGCCCAUGCAGGUGCAACAUGAGCUUGGCUAUGGUGUUACUUCGGAGACGAACUGUUUGGAGGCAGCAUUUCGCCGUCAUUUCGAGAAGCUUCUGGAGGUACAGAGGCACAAAAUGCACCUGCGGGGCCCGGCGCGUUUAAGGGAUCAAGGACAAGCGCCUGAAUCAGUAGGGCACAGCGACGAGGAAGAUGAGGCAAUACGCCAAAAAAGAAUCAACCUCUCGGUUGUUGUGUCCCCUACGUCGUGUAAACAGGAACGUGCUGGAACUCCCUUUCAGCGACAAUCAAAAAGGCCGCGACGUUCUAAGACACUUCCCGGACUAUCUGAGAGUUUACAUGUAGUAGCAGACGCAGCAUUACCGACUAUAGGGGAUGGCUCAACAGCAUCAGCUGGGAGUGACUUCAGCAGUGCCUGCUGCAAUGAAGCAAGAGUGCCCGUCACUAUUUCAGACGAUGCCGACGGAUCAAAGGCAACGGUGGCGAUACGGCUGCACCCCCAUGAGGCGCAGCUGCUGCGCGCAUGUGCAGUUGCCGCAGUGAAGCCGACCAAGUUUUCAUGCAAGAGGGCUCUGCAGCUUCUAAUGCAGCAGCGUCGGCUGCUACAGCAGCACCAGAGUGAAGGCGACAAGGUGGAGUAUGUGUCUCCACGGACGGCCGGUCGGGACGAGCGCAGAUGGGUACCUAACACGGCAUCGAGUCUCCAGUUGAUGUCAAGUAAUGCAACGUGGUCGGCGUUUUCUGACUCUGAUUGCUGCAGUACCCACAGUAGCCGAUCCACGUGUACCAGUAGAAGCGGAAAGGGGACGGCUGGUCGACGUUCAGCGCUCAUAGCUGUGGCGGAGGAGCAGCUGCAGCAGGUCAGGAGGCACUUGGUGGAAACGCAGACAGCGUUGAGACAGCAACUGCUUCUGAAGCUGCUGCAGAGGGACUUUUCCGACCAUCGUGUCACAAACGCAUCAAGCAUGGAGAAGGGCACAGUCCCCGUGGCCAGCAGCAGCUGCAGCUGUUCUCCGCAGCUGCAUCUAGAGCAGCAGGAGGUACUCUUUAAGGGGGGCAAGGGCAGCUGCAUGUGGUGGAGACAGUAUUACAUGCUCCUCGGCGAGCUUGCAGUAUUGAAAGAAAAGGCCCUCUACAAGGCGAUCGACAUCUGCCUACAGGAACAGCAGUCUCCCGUCUCGCAGGCGCUGCGGGGGACGCAGCAGCAAGUGCAGCAGCAGCAACUGCAACGGCCUCGUGAAGAGCAAGUUAAAGGAACGUCUGUUUCGGCGAACAAAACAUUAGUAGCGGACGGGGAUGAGCCAAACAUCCUCAAGACCAGCGGCAUGGGUUGUCGGUUGUCAGACCCUCUGCUGCAGUCGCCAUUGGCUCCUCGGAAACGCCGGUCUCAGGGGGGAUUUUGA